UUAAAAUAAUAAUAAAAGAGAAAAGUGGUUGACUGGUGCAUGGAAAACCCAGAUCUGUUUCCCAGCGGGCAUGAUGAACUUCAUGCUACUGCCUAACUAUGUAGCCACAAGGAGGCCUGAGUCUGGGUCUCCCUGUCCCAGUCCCCAGCCAGGAUUAAAUGCAGGGUUGUGUCAGGAAGGGCAUCCGGAAAAUAUAAUAAUAAUAAACCUCUGCCAAACCACCUGUAUGAAUCAGUGAAAAGGGAUGUGCUGAAAGGUGAACGACAAGAAUAAAAGUAGUCAUUCCAAUAGUUACUUGAGUAAGAAUGAAAACAUAACUAGUGGGGAAAAAACAAGAAAAUAAAUAACCCAAUAACAUAUGAAGAAUUUUCUAAAUAACAAAUCUUACGCCCUGCUUUUAAAUUGCACCACGGUAAGAGAAGUGUCUUCUAUAGAAAUGCAUUGCACUUGCUCUAGAGAAACAUAAAAAUGUUGUUUUUCAUGAAAAAGUAAAAUAAAUUUUGUUGUAAAAUAGAAAAUACAUGUAUCUGUGUAAAAACAAAGAGUUUUAAUCAUAUAUUUAAUCUUAAAUCGUUUACACAGUUGUUUUUAUUGUGACACCUAACAAAUAAGCGGAAAAUCGAUCUUUUCUCCCUAAACGUGGACUGUUUCUUUAAAUUAACCCUGUUGCUAAAUAAACGGAUCACCCCGCCCCCAGCUCCACAAUCAGCCUAUCAGAAAACGGUGCACUUGACGAGCGCUCUUUGCGAUGACCUCAUCCCUGGUGUGGGAUGACGUCAAAUUCAAGAUGGAUGGAAUCACGACGAAGACGCAGAAAUCUUGCACAACAGUGAAUAAAGUCUGAGCUGCGUGGAGGCAGGACGCUUUUCACGACCGAACGGCCAUGGAGAGCCUUGUGCAUUAUAGUAAUCACUGCCAUGCCCUCUCAAUGCUGGGAGUUCUCAAUGAACAGCGCCUGCAGGGCCAAAUGUGUGACGUGGUACUGGUCGUAGCUGACCAGAGGUACCAGGCCCAUAAGAGUGUUCUCGCUGGCAGCAGUGAAUAUUUUCAGUCUCUUUUCACACGGAUGGACGCGGAGUCUCUGAAAGUUGUAAAUUUGGACUUUUGUGAGCCAGACGCCUUUGAAAUAGUUCUCAACUACAUUUACUCCUCCUCGCUUUUUGUGGACAAAGGCAGCCUGGCAGCCAUUCAAGAGCUCGGCUACAGUCUCGGCAUCCCUUUUCUCACAAACAUUACGUCCAUAAGGCCGCAUGCAUCCUACUGCGUGUCUCGGAAAAGGUUCUCGUUCUCAGAGGGAGAGGACAACGAUGUCCAUACAAGGAGUGUCAUUGUGUGUCGAGUUCAAAACGACACGACCCAUCCCUCUCAUUUAAAUCAUCAGGGAAAAUCAUCAGAGAAGCCGUUUUCUCUUCACUCUUCUAGUGAACCAACACAGCUUACAUCUAAACACCAUUCACAUGAACCAACAAGAAGCUUUGAAUCUGGCAGGAAAUCCUCCGAUCAGAGUAAAGAGUCUGAGAAGACGUCCAGCUGUCCAUCUGCUGCCAUGUUGAAAGGAAACUCCGCCCACAUUUCCCCUGUGAGGCCUCUACUGACAUCAUCUGUAUCUUUCAGUGGUGCUGAAGUGUCACACAUCAGGAUGGAGUCUGGCAUGGAGCAGGAGGCAAAGGAGGAGAAGCCCGAGUCCUGUUUUCAGAAUAAAGGUCCAUUUCCCAGCCAAGCCAAUGAGCUGAGCCAUACAAUAGACAGGAGUGGGCCACUGAUAAAAAGCCUUCUCCGACGAUCCUUGUCCAUGGACAGCCCUGUUCCCGUCUUCUCUCCCACGUUGGAGCUCAAGGAGAUGCAGAACAGAGAACAAUCGGUUGUAAAGAUGGCGUCAAAAUCAACUGGAUCGGAAACAUAUUCCCACAAUGGCAAUUCAACAAGAAUAUCCCCUCUAGUUCUCAGGUCAAAGCACCCAAACAGGUAUGACAAAGAAACCCAAGUAGAAGAAGAUAUUGGUGUGAAAGCCGAGCCCAGCAGUCCUCUGGCUGACCCUAUGGACAUUGUUCGCAUCACAGUUGGAGAUGCUCUGCCAUUCAAUCUCAGAGACAUACAAACAGGUUAUGAUCAGGGAAUCAGGGCGGAUUUCACUCCCCCUUUAAAACGAAGGGACAGGCCGGACAACAGAAGGUACCCUUUCAAGAAAAGCAAACUCUUCAAAGAUCUCGCUCUCUCACUCGAUGUGAACAUGGCAGGGACGGCACCCCAGCACGCCAGCGCUGACUCCAGCGAGGGCAGCACAGAGCCGGUUCAGAACAAAAUUUUCAAAUGCUGGAACUGUUUGAAGGUGUUCCGAUCCAGUGCUGGACUGCAUCGCCAUGUCAACAUGUAUCACAAUCCGGAAAAGCCUUACGCUUGUGAAAUCUGCCACAAACGCUUCCAUACCAACUUUAAAGUGUGGACUCACUGCCAGACACAGCACGGUGUAGUACAAAACCCAGCCUCUUCCUCCAGCUCCACCGUUUUGGACGAGAAGUUUCAAAAGAAGUUGAUAGAUAUAGUGCGAGACAGAGAAAUAAAAAAGGCUUUGCUGUGGAAGCUGAAGAGGAACAAGCAAGGCUUGCAGUCUCCCUCAUUCACAAAGAAGAGAUCAAGGUCCAGCUUUAUUUGUCCUUACUGUGGGAAAGCCUUUGCCUUCCAUUCUCAGUACAGGCAGCAUUUACGAACGCAUCCUGCUGAGAAGGCUGACCAGGACUUGGGGAGCCAGAGGAUCUUCUACCAGGAAGAGAUCAACCAACGAAACCCCCCAGAAGCUGGGGAUUACUCCUGCAGACUGUGCAACAUGAAGCUGCCGUCCCUGGUAGAGCAGGGGGACCACGAGAGGGGCUGUCGACACGCAACCGUGUGCCCCUACUGUGGACUCCGGUUCUCAAGUCCAGACGUCAAGAAGGAUCACGAGGCACAUUGUAAGUACAAGAAGCUGACAUGCCUGGAGUGCAUGCGAACCUUCAAAUCUUCCUUUAGCAUUUGGCGCCACCAGGUGGAAGUCCACAACCACAACAUGAUGACUGUUAGAGACCAGAUUCAUCUGAAGCAACAAGAGGACAGUGAAGAGGCUCCCGAAAUGCUCAAAGAGGACAAAUACAGCUGUGAGCCUGCAGUAACGGGGACGUUUGGAGAGAACAUCACUUAUGACUCCUCAGGUCCACCUAUGUACGACUCAGAAGAUUCUUCACCCUAUGUGCCUGAGGAUUUGAGUAUGGGCCACCAUGGGAAGCUGGUGGUGAAAGAGGAGCCGUUGGAAGAGUCUGUGAAUGAGAGAAACAGCACAGAGCCAGCCAAAGCCAGCGCUGACGAAGUCGGCGUAUGGCCGUGUGAAAAAUGCGCCACCCUUUUCAGCUCUCGAAAAGACCUAGAGCGGCACCAGGAGCUGCUUUGCCACAUAAAACCUUUCAUCUGCCACAUCUGCAACAAAGCUUUCCGGACCAACUUCCGCCUCUGGAGCCACUUCCAGUCCCACAUGUCGGCCGGCAGCGAACCUGGAUCCAACGAAGUGGAACCCCGUGCCCCAUCUCAGUCUCCCUCCCCACCCCUGACCCCUCAGGCCUCUGAGCGGCCAUCCCCACAAGCAUCUGUGCUCAAAUCCGCUCUGUCAGCGGUGCUGGCAGCAGCGGCCGAGGGAUCCAGCAGCCCAGAAGCCUGCAGUUCAGCACCAACGACGGCGAAAAGAAUGGAACUUGAAGCCAGCAGCCCCAGCCCAUUAUCGAGAUCAAACAGCUUAGAGAAUCCAAGCGGCAACCACGAGGCUGACACGCUCUUUUACCACGCCCCGUCGCUGUCAGCCUUGACCUUUAAGAGGCAGUACAUGUGUAAGCUCUGCCACAGAACCUUCAAGACGGCCUUUAGCCUGUGGAGCCACGAGCAGAGCCACAGCCACGUGUAGACAUGGCUUCACACCUCAGCCUUCAGUGGUUGUCUUUGAAUGUACAGCUUCUGCGCUUUGCCUACAAUGAGAUAUUUCAAAGUUGCCAUGUUUGGUGGAGGUGUUACCUUGAAUGUGCAAUCAACUGCUCCACCCCCCAGUUGAGUGUUUCUUUCACCAUGAUCUAUAGGAAGAAACCUGUCCUCCACCCACAGUUAUCAUUAAUGUGACAUCAGAUUUACAGACAGCUCGACGGUUGGAAUAGUGCUUUAAGGAGGAAACUCUGCAGUACAGGAAAGAAUGUUGCUUUUAAAUGUAUAAGAGAUCUAUAAUGAAAAUGAUUGAAAUGCACUUUGUUUAGAGGUUUGAUUUUGUUGUGUUGACAUGUUUUGAUCAGUUUACGUGCUGUAACUUCUGUUCACUUUGCAAGAGUUCAAAGAAGAGAUGUGCUCAUCAUUAAAUAUUUGGAAUCACAUCCAGUGGUCAUUUUAAUAAUGAUUACUUUUUCAUUCAUUAUUUUGCCAGUAUACUAAACACUUUUUGCUGUUAUCCAGGGCCGUGCAGAAGUCAUCCCUCUUUUUUUAUACUUUGUUCCUGAAAACCGGUGUUUGCUCUAGUUUUUAUUUGUGUAGCUGCUUUUUCCCUCUGGUCUUCAUGUCUACCUAACUCCAAAGAUUCAAAGUUUUUCUGCCAAAUUUUCCGUCUUUCGUUGACAUCAGACUGGUUCAGCUCUAGAUUUUUGAUGCUUGCAUCAGGUUCCAGUCAGUUAAUAGAGGACGAACAAGCAGACAAAAAGAAGGAUCAGGAAGAAGAACACAGUUGAUAAAAGCAAAGAACUUUUCUUGCUUAAAAGUAUAGAAAAUGAGAGGUGACUGGAACACUUGCAAAGUACUGCACAUGAAUUACAAAAUGAAAUUCUCAUUCAGCCUUUCAGCUUGAUGAUAAUAAUAGAGAUGUCAUUCCAUGGACAUGCUUGUUAGGGUUGUUCCACCGGUCUCCAAUGAAACAUUUUAAAUUUCUAAUAUUCAUGUUCCUAAUCUAUUUUUCCAGCAAAUGAAUCAGUGACUUCUGCGGGUCAGUUGUUGAAUAAACCCUCAAAAGGUUGAAUUUGUCAUAAUUCAGCACAUUUAAGGGGGUUAUUAAGCAUAUUUAACACCGAAGGCCUUAUGCGUGUUUAGAAUUAAGAAAUGACUUGUAAGCACAACAGUUUAUGACUCAGGCAUUUAGAAGGUUUGAGAUCAGGAACAAACAUUAAAAAGCAAUCUUUUUUUCUUUUUUUUUUUGUGGAAAGCGAUAAUUAUUUCUGUAUUUGAGAAAGUAAAGAUGAAAUGUUGUGUUUUAAUGAUAUUGCAGUUACAGGUAUGUGCAUCUGUCUAAAGGAUUGGAUAUUUUGUUGUAGGGUAUUUUGCUACUGUGUGGUAACAAACUGGAGCGCUGCACUCAGACUAAUGUACUCCACUAUUAGAGCAAAGCAAGUUCCAUAGUGAUGUUGAGUUCUUUGCAGUAAUAGUGCUCUGCUUCUGUUGUGAGAACAGUUUUCGGAGAGUUUUCUCUGACGUGUUUAGACUCGUGUACACGGAAGUGUUUGUAUUCUUGAUUUUUGUACCAGGUUUGUUAGUAAACAAGAGUAUAUCUUUUUAUAAUUGCUGUGCUCUCACUGAAAUGAUGGUUAUUUGUAUCAGCAGUGGAUGCAUUAGUGUUGCUUUUUGGAGAAUUGCAGCUCUUGUGUGUUUGAGUUUUCUACAGUUUGUGUGCUUUACUUCUGUAAUAAAUAACAACAAAAGAUUGCAUAAACACA